AUGCUUGGACCGCCGGUCAACCUGCCCAAGUGGCUCGAGGCAAACUCUCACCUGCUUCAGCCGCCCAUCAACAACUACUGCGUCUACAACGAUGAUUUCACCAUCGUCGGCGGCCCCAACGCCCGCACCGACUACCACAUCAACCAGACCCCCGAAUGGUUCUACCAAUACCGCGGCGCCAUGACCCUCAAGGUCGUCGACGGCUCGACCUUUCGCGACAUCAUCAUCCGCGAGGGCGACAUGUUCCUGCUUCCCGCCAACACGCCGCACAACCCGGUGCGCUUCGCAAACACCGUCGGCGUCGUCCUCGAGCAGCGCCGCCCGGCCGACUCCAUUGACCGCAUGCGCUGGUACUGCGCGACGUGCUGCGGCGAACCUGGUGCCGAGGCCGUCGUCGUUCACGAGGCUGCGUUUCAUUGUACGGAUCUGGGCACGCAGAUUAAGCAGGCUGUGGAGGACUUUAGGGGGGAUGAGGAGAAGAGGACGUGUCGGAGGUGCGGGACGGUGGCGGACUGGGCGCCGAAGCCGGGGUCGAUUCCGGAUCCUAAUUUGCAGUGA